AUGGCCGACCACCACGAGCCACAGUUCCUGUCACCAGGAUCAUCAUCCACUGCGGAUGAGUACUCGGCCAACCCACGUUUCAUUGAGCUCCAAGAAGAGCUUCGUUGCGUCCUCUUUGCGGGUGUAAAUUCCCACGAUCCAAGCAAGGCUGCUACCCCCGAACCUACUGCUGAUGAGCAACGGCAAGCGGAGGAACUUCCGCUCUUUCAGUCCAAGUUUGACUUUUCCAGAGUUCCCGAUAUACCCAAAAUUAAGCUUAUUCACUAUUUCAAGAACUGGAUCAUCGAAUGUGCGCCGUAUCUUGACAAGUUUGACGAUGAGAGGCACUUUGGCAUCCAUGUGCCCAUCAUGGCUGAACGAUCGCCUCCGUUGUUCUACGCCGUGCUGGCAUUUUCAGCACGCCAGAUAGAACGAAAAGCACUGUUGGAAAAGAGUUAUGACAGCCUCGAGCUGUACCAAGAAUCCAUCAGAUUACUUGCGCCAGGCUUGCAAGCCAAAGACCCCAACAUGUUGGUGACGGCUUGUAUCCUCGCCGUGUUGGAACUCAUGUCAGGCAGUCCUCGCAAUUGGCGUCGGCACAUUGAGGGAUGUGCAACGUUGUUCGAAUUCUUCGAGAUUACCGGGUUCUCAGGCGGACUGCUGCAAGGCGUGUUCUGGUGUUACGCUCGCAUGGAGCUUUGCGGAGCAAUCAUAUCUGGCGGCGCGGAGAGCACAGUUCUGCCGUUAAACAAAUGGGUACCGCCAUUGCCAGCAGGCUUGACGACCAACGAUGAAGCAGAUGAUUUUGCACGAAGAGUAUUUUAUCAGAGUGGACGAGACAACACGGGCAUGCAUGCGAAUUGGUCUGUGUACUUGUGCGCCAAGGCAUGCGACCUGAUGUAUAGAAGGACGCGAUAUUUGGAGCUCCAAGAACCAGACGAGCUGGAUACUAGACCAUUUACCGACCAGUGGACCAGACUAUGGGAAGACUUGCAAUUCUGGUUGGAAUCCCGGCCAUGGUCGAUGCUGCCCACUGCCACAACACCACCUCCAGAGCCGUCCCAAGAGCAAGUCUUUCCGACGAUAUUGUUCUCUAAUUACCCCGCAAUCUCAUCUAAUCAGAUGUAUCAUGCGGCGUGUAUUCUGAUGCUGGAAACUCGGCCGCCGGAAGUGCAAUUGCCGUCUCCACAAAGCUCACCAAUCUGGCAUGCAAGAAGGGUCUGUGGGAUAUCAUGGACGAAUCCCCACAAAGCGAGCCUCAUCAAUGCCAUCCAGCCGCUGUAUCUGGCGGGGCGGCUAUUGACGCACCCAAGCGAGCAGGUUCAAGUUGCAAGGCUGUUUCGGAUAAUCGACAGGACAACCGGGUGGGGAGCCUUAUGGCGAUUGCGGGACUUGGAGGCCGAGUGGGGAUAUAAGCCGGGCGAGAUACUCGGCAGGAUGAAUGUAUGA